UCACAACACAUUUCCUUCAGCAUACACGGUGCUAACACUUUGUUUACGAGUGCCGUGCAUUUUGUCCUAUGUAAGGAUAUAUCCUUACCAGAAACAUCUUUUACUAGCUCACCCAUGUGUUCGAUUGUCCUGACGCUUGAAUGACAAGCAAUGUGAGCUGCUAACUUCAGCUCAGCAACUUUUGCAUCACUAGUGACUUUUGUUCUUGAUAACCCUGAUUGAAACAGAGUCCUCAUGUUAGAAAAUGGAGCAGCAUUUUUCUAAUGCUUUGCUGUUAGACCAUGCUUGAUAAGGUCACUGUGAUGGGCUCUGAUCACAGUUUUGCAAAAUUUGCAGGAUGCAUGAGUAUCAUCGCCGGGUAUACUCCUUAUCCACGUCUUGAGCCCGUCCUCUUGUUCCCACUCUUUACAGUAUCUUUUGCUGUAUUUCGACCACUUGCUCAUGUUCACUUGAGCGUACACACGUAUGCACGUGGCCUGUAUCCAGUAUACUUGUAUCUCCUCCAGGCAGGCUGAGGCAGCUAUGAGGCUGAGAAUAAACUGGCUGUGUUUCAGUGUGUGUGCUGUGAGGUGAAUGUGGAAAUUAUGGGUGCGGCAUGCAGGUGUUCAGGAUGGGUGUCCUACAGUCUUAAUGAGGUCAUGCGGCCCCAGUAGUAAUCCCCUUAGGGAGAGGGGAGACUUGUUCACACCCUUCUGCUGGCUGACCUGGCGCCAUUCCUUAACAUAUGAGUGAGUCUACUCCCUGAUUUGGUAUGUCGGGAAGGCAAGAGUAUAUUAUAUAUUUUCAAAUAUAAGUAGCCCAGAAAAUAGCCCAACUGCGGUAAAAAGAGCCCAAAAAGCGCCAAACCGCGGAAACCAUAUUUUUCACGCCCAAUACCAGGAACGACUCUGGUAGGAGCAUUUCAGUUGAGCCUAUUCUGCCCUGGUUCGUGUUUGCUGCGGUGACACGGUGCCGCACUGAGUGAAGAUUGCGUUUAUAAUCACUUAUCGGUGGAGUGGGGAAAGGAGAGUCAGGAAGUGAGGAUAUUUAUAUUAUUUGACAUAUUAUUUGAUAGCAUGUCAACUUUUGUGUGUGUGUGUGUGGGUGGGUGUUGGAUCAGUGACAGGUGGCGCUGGGGAGUUACCACGGCGAGCGGCUGGCUGGCUGCAGUGUUUUGGUCAGCACUGGUCAAUCUUGCCCUACACGCUCUAUUAACUAGUGUUUCCGUCUUCCCGACACCUUCUUCCUGCACCAAGCACCGUCAAGCAUCACCAGAGAGGCACGACUAUCCAACAUCAGAACAGUAUAUGAAUAUCGCAAAUGCUGUUUUGACAUCAUUUCCUGCCAUCCUGAGAAACAGUGAUCUCGAGGAGCAUGAAUUGCAGCUGCAAUGGAAAUUGCGCAUCCAGCGCAAGUUUCAGAAUUCAAGAAAGAGGCAGGAUUCCUCAGUGACUGAGGUGACGUCAAGGAAAAAGAAGAUCCCUUGCAUAGCGCCAAAAGAGACUACGUGUCCACUGAUGUAUGGAGUAAAGGCUUACCUUCCACCAAGGCCCCAUUCAGAAGAUGAUGAGUCAUUAGAGAGACAUAGACAGUGGCUUGCUCUACAUUGGAUGAAGAAAGAUCCCGAGUUAGAUAAGAUAAUGAAGGAGUUCCUGAGAUUAGAACCACAAGCGGAUGAACCAGACCCAAGAGUAGCAGUUUUGAAAGGGCUGGAGAAAUAUAGGCUCCCAAUAAUUGCCAUUCUCAAAAAAAGAAAAGCAGUUCCUCUGUAUAUGGAAACCUUACUUGAAGCUAAAUCCCCACGAUGAAAGUCAAUCACCGUCAAGCAUCACCAGAGAGGCACGAGUACGUAAGCUAUCCAACAUCAAAACAGUAUAUGAAUAUGGCAAAUGCUGUUUUGACAUCAUUUCCUGCCAUCCUGAGAAACAGUGAUCUCGAGGAGCAUGAAUUGCAGCUGCAAUGGAAAUUGCGCAUCCAGCGCAAGUUUCAGAAUUCAAGAAAGAGGCAGGAUUCCUCAGUGACUGAGGUGACGUCAAGGAAAAAGAAGAUCCCUUGCAUAGCGCCAAAAGAGACUACGUGUCCACUGAUGUAUGGAGUAAAGGCUUACCUUCCACCAAGGCCCCAUUCAGAAGAUGAUGAGUCAUUAGAGAGACAUAGACAGUGGCUUGCUCUACAUUGGAUGAAGAAAGAUCCCGAGUUAGAUAAG